GAGGGGCUUAAUAGUCAUGAUAAUUUUACACCAGCCCUCAACCCUCCUUUUCCUACGCAGCCAGAUAUGCUUAGCUGCGUGUGUGAUGAAUUGGGCGGGGAGGUGCCUUCUAGUGUUAAGGAGAAGAUUUGGAAGGGUGAGUUUGUAGAGUUAGGUGGAUUGCUAAAAGGGAAACAUAGAGCAGUGGACAUCUGCGUUCCUUAUUUACGCGUCUAUAUACUUGGAGCGACACUGUAUGCGUGCGCGCGAGCUCCUCAAGUAUAUAGAUAUCGUUCGUUCUAUUGUGCGUUUUGGGAUUUCAAUUGGCGGGCCUAUGACAUUCAAUUUCGGUUACGUCAGGCCCGUCAUCCACAUCGUUCCUGGGCUGUCAUAGACACCGAGCUAUGGCUGACAGUAGCUUCGACUCCCGGUCGAGCAAUGUUUUCUUCUUUUGGGGGUAACCAGCCCUUUCGGACAUACGACCGGUCGUUCCGGCUGGGUUAUAAUGUGAACGGGGCGUGGUUCGUCACCCGAUUUGGAUGA